AUGUCUGCACAAGUCGAGAAGAAGCUCCAACCCAGCCGCAAAGGCAAAAAGGCAUGGCGUAAAAACAUUGACAUGCAGCCUGUUGACGAGGCUUUGGAAUCAUUACGAGUCGAAGAACGUGUUCGUGGUGAAGGAACGAAAAUCGAUGAUUUGUUUACGAUUGAUACCACCGGUGAUUUACAAGUAAAGCGACAGUUGGCAAGAGAUAAGCCUUUGCGUGUGGACGAGAUCUUGGCCGAGCGCUCUGCAGUACCUGCCGUUAUUGCACGAGUAAAAGCAGCCAAUGUCGAGAGAAAAGAAUCAAAGCACGAUCUGCAAAAGGUGAAUCAGAUCGCCAAGCGAAAACGUGAAGGUGGCGCCACACCUGCACCCACGAAAAAGAAGCAGACAAAGCAAGCAACUUAUGAUAUGUGGGGCGAUGGCGCUGAAGAGGAGGAAGAGGAUGAUAGUACAGGUGGAUACCUUGAUGCUGUCAAGGAACGUAAAGUCAAAGCACCAUCCACGCUCAAGUCAAAGCCAGCUGCAUUGGUACACAAGCCAUCUGUUGAAGUACCCCAUGCUGGUGCAUCAUAUAACCCAACCAUGGAGGAUCAUCAAGAGUUAUUGAGAGAGGCACAUGGCAUUGAGACCAAGAAGGAAGAAGCCAUCAAGAAGUUGAACGAGCAGUUGUCGUACAGAAAGGAGUUAGACCAAUUGAAGAACGAACUUGAAGAAUCUAUUUCGGAUGAUGAUGAAGAAGAAGAGGAAGAAGAAGCACAGAAGGAUGAAGCCGGCAGCGCUAAGCGGAAGUCAGGUGGUAUGCGCAAGACAACAACACAGCGAAACAAGGAGAAGCGGAAACGAUACAAUCGUAUGCUGGAAGAACAAAAGAUUCAUGAGCGCGAUAUCCGAAAGCAGAUCGAUCAGGUCAAGGCGAUCGAGGCUGAUCUACAGGCACAUAUUGAAAAGCUGGAAGAGGUUGCUGAAAAGCGACGUCAAUUCAAGGCAGAGGAGGAAAAGAAGGGAUCGCGACGAUUGGGUCGACAUUAUAUCAAGGAGCAGUCCCUCGAAGUUCAGCUACAAGACGAACUGAGCGAAACCUUGCGCCAGUUGAAGGUAUGUAUCUCUCAAUAUACAACUGGGGUCAUCGUAAAAGUGUAUUAAACCUGCCUUCAUAGCCCGAAGGAAACAACCUGAAGGACCGAUUCACGAGCAUUCAGAAGCGUAACAUCGUCGAGGCACGAGUACCAAUUACUCCCUUCAAAAAGUACAAGCCCAAGGUUUACGAGAAGCGGUCAUACAAGCAGUUCGAUGCUCAACAAGAACGACAGAAGCAGCAACAGCAGUCAAAGAAGAAAUAGUCAAUUACAAUACAUACACUUUUACAUGUCUCUUUUUUUUUGUACUUUUACGUCUCGGUUUUCAUUUAGUUUGUUUUAUUACGUAUAUCAUCUCCUUUUCCUUUCAAAAAACGCAUCCCUGCACUCUAUAAAAAAAAGCACGCGCAUAAUAUAUUUUUUUUUGCUCUUUUCGAAAUCCAAUCCAGAUUGAUUCAG